AGCUAUAUUACGAAGAUCUUCCAACUCGUCACUUCCGGCGGCCAUCUUGAAAAUUUUGAAACACCCACUUCGUCGAACAAAAUGGACAAUUUCAAAGCCUUGGGAGACACACCACCUCCAAAUGUAGUUGAAGAAGACCCGGCAGCUGAAUUCCUAGCUGCUGAACAGAAUCAGCUGGCACAACUCGAAGGAGAUGACUUUGACUUCGACCAAGCGGCUGGAUUACAAAAUGGUGACACUAAUCCAGAAGUCAAGAAAGACAAGAUGUCCGAAGGGCAAAAUCAGCCAGCUUCUUAUUCUCCACAGUCGACUUUGCCCAAAAUCGAACCGGAACCAAUCAGAAAAUGGAGAGAAGACCAAGCAGUUAUGCUAAAAGAGAAAGAUGCCGCCUCUGAGGAAAAAGCUGCUGAAUGGAGACAACAGGCUUGUCAGGAAUUAGAUGACUGGUAUCGUCAUAGAGAAGAACAGCUUCAAAAAACUAAAGAAACGAACAGAGAAUCUGAGGCGGCUUACAUGUCUGACAGAGAUAGACCACAACCAGGUCACGAAUGGGAGAAGGUUACUAGUUACUGCGAAUUUAAUCCGAAAUCUGCCCCCAGAUCUUCAAAGGAUUUGUCUCGCAUGCGCGGCAUUUUAUUGCAACUGAAGCAGAAUCCGAUAGAAAUUCGUCAAUAA